AUUGACAAUGUGUCUGUUUAAUAGUGUAUACCUACAAUGGAUACGGCGGCCACUUGUAAGUAUUAUGUGACUAAAUUACUUGGUAUUAGUCCUCCAAAACCAAAUUGUGUGUACGAUGUACGAUCGGGUAAUGUCCGUGAUCGUGAGCAAAAAUCAUUGUUUCGUGUUUUUUACCGAUCGAAUGACCGACGUCGUAAACAACGUCAUAGAACUAAUAUACAAGAAUCGUACGUCCCUUCUAUGCAUGCGGACGAAGUUGGUGCAAAAAUAGGCGAUGGUCGUGUACUGGAAGAGGACACAGUUGAAGAUAUUGAAAAGAAGUUCCAAGGGUUUCGGAAUGUGUUUGAGAAGUGUAAGGUAAAGAAAAAGAAACCACGUUUGUUCAAUGUCAGUUCAGGAUUGCGAUUCACACUUGUUGCUAAUUCCAUGUUGAUGGACAAUCAAAAAAAGGCAACCGAAAAUGUUACUACAGUUAUCAAUACCGAAGAAGAUAAAAUUGAAGAGGACUAUGCUGAUGACGAGGAAGAUGAAGAGGAGGAUAACGAUGUAGAAGAUGAAAAUGACAAUGUUGAAAAGGAAAACAUGACAGACAAAGAUAUAGCAACUACUCCAAUAAAAGAAGUCGUUAAUGAUUUGAAUGAAGAAGAUUUUUCUGAGUCUAAGUGUCCAAAAGAUGUAGCAGAUAAAGUGAAUUCAUGGAUCGACAAUUCUGUCAAGCAGACCGAUGAAUAUUCUGAAGAGGAAAGUCUAUUUGUCAACGAAGAGGAUGCCGAUUAUUAUCAUUGCGUACAAAGUUGUGAACAUAGUACUUCCCGUUUAAAUAGUGACUUAUCUGACAACGACGGCUCAACGGCAUUCGCACUGGAGGAUCAACUAGUUAGAGUAUUGGAAAAAAAUACCGAGCUAACCAUCCAAAAUACAGAUUUACACAAACAAGUACUUCAACUCCAACAUGUGAAAAAGGGCUCCGGGCUGAACCCAUUAUCAGCCCGGGCAGAUGCUGAUCAAGAAAUUGAUGAAAUUCUUAAGCUUAUGCAAGAUGCGACCGAUAAGAAGAGAGCUUUGGAAAAAGAAUAUAAAGAAUGCGUUGUCAAGCUUCAAGAUAAGCAAUGUGAAUUACAGAGCAGGCCAUCUAAUAUCAACUAUGCAGAAAAAACUAGACUGUGUGAAAACAUUGAAUCAUUACAAUCUAAGGUACGAGAGUUGGAAAAGAAAAUGGAAUUAGAAAAUGUAAAACAGGAAGAAUUACAAUUGGAAUUAGAACAUCACAAAAAGUCUACACUAAGAACUUCAUACAAGUCUAUAGACUUAGCUUUGAACUCACCCUCAGAAUCUACUACAUCUAGUGUAGAACUAAGAUCGAAUUCCAUUAACCAUUCUUCUUUACCUACAUCAUUAGAACACAUGUAUUCUACUGAUCAAUUGAGACAACACAGAAUACAAUCUGCAGGAGAUGCAUUGGAAACAAUUAAUAUCAAUAGACCAGUGUUAUCAAAUAUUACGGGAGGUAGAGCAUCUACUUUGCCUUCAGAAAUCGAUCGCAUAAUGGCAAAAAUAGACCAAGAUAAUAGAGUAUUAGCUGAAUUAGAUAAGACAAGAUCUACUAUAGUUGCCGGGGGUCCUGGGCAAACAGCACCGCUGCAUAAAGUCAAAAUAAAAAGUGAUAAAACGGAUUCAAACACAGCACCGCUUCGGUCGUGCUUGAAAAAACGCAGUCUGCCGACUGCUGGUAUACUGACACCUUCUUCAAGUUCAAUGCAAGAUCCGAAUUAUGCCUUGGCUUCUGUUCCAUCGCAUAUUAAUUACCCAUACACAGAGCUUUAUCGCGUGGCCCCUGGUCAUCUGACACAGACAUAUCAACCCUUAUCCAUUGGCACAUCUGUGCUGCCAACCGUAGGACCGCUUACUACCACGACUCCAGCAUUGGAUUCUGUCUUAUUGGCUACUGGACAGCAGUCAAGAAUUCAACCUAAAGGACGGAUUAUGCCGGCAAUUCCCAGUAUGAUCAACGCUCAACAAGAUAUCGAUUACCAAAAUAACAUAAUUAACGACGCAUUAGGGUUAAGUAUAGAUUCGACGAAACGUAUUGGUGAAAGGCGAAUGCCAGACAUGUUGGAUAUACCAGGAAAAGGACAAUGUUAUGUUUAUUGUGCGAGGUAUACAUAUGACCCUUUCUAUUGUUCACCUAAUGAAAAUUUUGAAGAAGAACUUCCAAUUACUGCAGGAGAUUAUAUUUUAGUUUGGGGUAAUAAAGAUGAGGAUGGGUUUUUUGAUGGUGAGCUUUUAGAUGGGAGACGUGGAUUAGUGCCUUCAAAUUAUGUACAACAACUUUACGGUAGAGAUCUUGAAGAUUUCUAUCAAUCUAUGGUGGUCAGACUUAGAGAAUGUGACGAUAGUGCGACAACUACAGUUCCUCAAAAUAUUGAAUACAUGCUCCCAGACGAACAAAUGAAGAGACUGGCUCAACAAGAGUAUAAUAAUAUGUUAGAAGAAUUACAAGAAGACGAUAACGUCGAUGACGAUGACAUGUUCUUCUCGCUGCUAGUACCGGCACCGAAGCAGCUGACAUUGGAGAGGCAGUUGAACAAAAGCGUGCUGAUUGGUUGGAAUGCUCCUUCUUCUGAAGAAGGUUGUUUGCCAGAAUCAUAUCAUGUGUACGUAGAUGGAAAUUUGAAAACAACUAUUAAAGCUACAGAAAGAACCAGAGCUCUAGUUGAAGGAGUUGACUCAAACAAGCCACAUAGAAUCAGUGUAAGAUCUGUAACAGCUAAUAGAAGAACAUCUAGAGAUGCUGCUUGUACAAUGGUUAUUGGUAAGGAAAAAGAGUUACCAUUACGACCAUCACACGUAAAAGCUAGCCAAGUAACAUCCACGUCCGCUGUUAUAUCGUGGUUGCCAAGCAACAGUAAUUUUCAACAUGUGGUUUGCGUUAAUAAUGUUGAACUCAGAACCGUCAAACCUGGUGUUUACAAACAUACAAUAACAGGUUUGGUGCCUAAUACAUUAUACAGAGUAACAGUUAGUGCUAAGACGUUACGUGCACCGACGUUCGAUCAAAAAAGGACUACUACCUCUAUGGAAAAAUUUUCUACGCACAUAAAUUUUAAAACGCUGCCUAAAGGCUGCAAAGGACUUCCGGAUCCACCUUCAGAAGUACAAGUAGAAUCAGGGCCACAGGAUGGAACUUUAUUGGUGACAUGGCUUCCGGUGACUACUACACUCAGUGACCCCUCUAACCGUGGUCAUAUAACAGGUUAUGCUGUUUAUGCAGAUGGAAAAAAAGUGUCUGAUAUUGAUAGUCCAACUGGCGAUCAUGCUUUAAUCGAUAUCACUCAACUGCUCAGUCUUAACCCCAGACAAGUAACUGUACGUACUAAAUCUAGAGAUAACCAAUCUACUGAUAGUAAUCCAGUUUUGAUACCCGGUGCAAAAAAUAAAUCACCUCAUCAUCACAAUCAUCAUCAUAAACAAGAUGAAGACAAACGAAUUAAAUAUGGAUCUGCAGUACCAAAUCACAUGAGACCGCAACGGAAUGCUUAUGGCCAGGUAAUCGUGGACACGGAAACAGAAAAUCUUAGUGAUAAAGAAAUAUUUCCCGGGCAAAUAAGUAUACCAUCGAUAGAAGUUACGAAAGAUUUUGCUGGAGAGGGAAAUUAUAGUGAAGAGGAGUUCAUGGAAAACGGAAGAGGAGCAAGGCGUGCUCCUUCAGCUCAUCCACACAGGCCUGCGGCGCCCACUCCUAGGUCUAAACCGCCUCAUCACGGUCGUCAUCAUUACGAUGAAAGAGAGCCGUUCUAUCAAAACGAGAAACAAAUAGAACCUAGAAUAAAACACGUUAGUGGUAAUGGAGACCAAAGAACUUACAGAGGGAGAGGUUCUGAUCCCAGACAGACUGCCUAUCAGAAGACACCUAGAGACAAACGACCGAGAUGGGUAGUGGCUAUUUAUGAUUAUGAUCCAACUACUAUGUCUCCUAACCCAGAUGUUUGUGACGAAGAGUUACCAUUUAAAGAAGGAGAUCAUAUAAAGAUAUAUGGAGAUAAAGAUCCGGAUGGUUUCUAUUGGGGUGAAAGUAGAGGAAGAUUUGGUUAUGUUCCUCAUAAUAUGGUCAUGGAAUUAUCAGACAUGCAAAAGAAUCAAGAUCCCAGGAAUAGAAAAGAUGAUCGUUGGAUUGAUCCUUACUCGGGUCCUGUAAAAAAAAUGGUGGCACUAUAUGAUUAUGACCCGACUGAAAAUUCACCGAAUGUCGAUGGAGACCAAGUGGAACUACAUUUUAAAAUGGGCCAGACCAUUUUCAUAUAUGGAGAAAUGGAUGAUGAUGGUUUUUAUAGAGGUGAGUGCAACGGAGUCCGGGGUCUAGUGCCUUCAAACUUCUUGGUAGAGGUAGGCACAGAGUAUGCUGAUGGAGACGGUGUAGGACCACUACAACCCAAAGGUCAACGGCAGUCACAGCAUCACCAACAACAACAACAACAACAGCAGCAGCAGCAGCAGCAGCAGCAGCAACACCAGCAACAGGAUAUGAGAGGACACGGCCCAGGAGCUCGUGGUCCGCCACCCCCGCCUCGAGGCAUAGAUCAGCCAAUUAAACGUAAAGAUGCCUGCCUUCCACAGUAUGAUUAUCACCAGAUGUCAGCGGUGGAUGCGAGGGAGAGAGGAGAUCCGUACGAGAGGAGAGAUGGUAGAGACGGAAGCGGUGGUCAGUCAGCGGGUAGUGGAGGUGUUCAGAGCACGUCGGGAAAACUAUUCAAGGGCCUAGCACAUGUUGUUCCAGACUUCGGACUUGGUAGUAGGCCACAAGACGGUCAACAAAUCCAUAACCAAGGGCAUACUGGAGGUGGAACGUCAAGUUUCAUGCAAAAGCUGAAUGAUCUGACCCAUCACAAUCCUGUCAAUAACACCACUAUGAAUCAACAAAAUCAACAAAAUCAUCAGCAGCAGCAGCAACCACAGCAGCAGCCCGAUCAUGGUGUGGAUAACAUUCUAUCAAAAGGAAAAGAAUUGAUCUUUAUGAAGUUUGGGCUGGGAAAAUGAUAUUUACCGAUGACUAUUAACGUAGUGUUCACUGCCGAUGUCACUGUGAUCCGUUUAUAUUUUUAACGUAUUAUUUAAUGUCUGUAUUUACGUUUCUUGAUAUCGGUAAAUAUUUCUAUUUAUUAAAAAAUAUAGAAAACUGAUAUAUUUAUAGUUAAUUGAACAAAAUAUAAAUAAAUUAAUAAAUGCUAAAAAAUUCUCUUUCUAUUAAUAACUGUAAUCAGUGAUAAAUAAAUUAUUAAAUGCAAAUUGUUAAUGUUUUAAUCGUUAAAGUUCUAUUUGAAUUCAUGUUAAUAGUCAACGGUAAAUAUGUUUUGUAUAGAAUAUUAUGACAUAGAUAUCCUCUUUUUGACUUCCAUUUAAGAUAAAGAUAUUAUUAUCAUUACUUUUAUUUUCUAAUCCGACUUAUAACACGUACAUUUAGUCGAAUUUUUUUUUGUAUUUUAAAAUCUAAUAAUAUAAAACAGUAAUGUAAUAAUUUUAUCGUUUCGAUUGGUAUAAUAUACAUAAACACGUCAUUAUUAUAUUAUUAUUAUUGUUAAUAUAUAAUAGGUGUAUAUUACAUAUAAUUUAGGGCUCGGAAGUUGUAGGAGCUGAAGAAAGCAAAAUAUGCACAAAAAAAUUGUAAAAUAUGCAUGAAAAAAUGUUAAAUAUAUGCAAACAAAAUUAACCAACUUGAUUAAGUCUGUGAUAGAACAGACGAAUGAGUGAUAUGCAAUAGUUGGAAUAUUCCAGCAUUGUAUCGGACUUCGCAUUGUUUAUAAUCUAUGGGGCAAUAGGCAAUAGUCGGAAUAUUCCGGCAUUGCACUGAUUGUCAACCCGUUCGAACCAGGCUUCCCCUUAGUUUCCGACUACAGUGUGUUUGUCGCAAGUAAUUUCAUUAGAAGAAAACAUAAUUUUUUUUAAGAAAAUAUUAAACAAGUAUAGAAAUCUCACGAAAAUUGAGAAAUAUGUACUUUUUUUCUAAAAUUGAGAAAUAUGCAAAAAAUGCAUUUUUUAUUUUUGUAUUUAAACUCAUCAAAGUAUAAAAUGGAUUUCUAGCUUGGUCUGCUAUAAAUUGAGAGCAUACAAAAAAAUAUGCAAAAAAACUCCUACAACAUCCGAGUCCUACGAUAUAAAUUUAUCUUGUGUAAUUUAUAUACGCAUACCUACAUAAUAGUAUAUUACAUUAUAUGGUUACGAAUAUUAAACGAUAGGUUUGUUAUAAGCUGUACGUAAGAAAAGUCAAAGGCUGUGAUAUUAUUAGUUGUUUACUUACAACCGCCAGCAUCAUAAUUGAAGUAAGAAAUUUUUUUAAACUACAAAUUACACGAUUUUGAUAUAAUAAACAGUAAAUACAUACAAUAGUGAUGUUCAUAUUCAAGUUUCUGUGAAAACAGCAUUCGUCACUAGUUUUAUCUUGAAGGCCACUCGAGGUCCAGAAACGACUUGAACAUUCCUACGUUACAAGAUUUGCACUCGACCAUAAGAGAUAAUCACAUAAAUCGUAUUCAUAUACGCACUUGCAUUAUUAAUUAAAGUAAUUUCUUCAAAAUUUUGAACCUAAACCAGUUGUAUUUAUAUUACCUACAUUACAUAAUGUAAAUAUAUAUUUUCUGGGUUAUCCAAAUUUUCACGUGUUACAAAUUAGAGUUUUAUUGCUCCAUGCGUGCUUAACAUAAUAAUAAUACUAUAAUAAUAUUAUAGAUUUUUCGGUGCCUCGGUUAUAAUAUAUAAUAAUCAAUAACACUGAUUCCAUUUCGCAACUGCCAACUAUUUAUAUACCAUAUACGUACUUCUUUUCUAUUUCAUAUGUCGGUUGCUAUUCGUGUUUUUGUCAUAUAAUAUUACAUAAUGGAUUAUGUUAGUUGUAAACUGAGGGAUGUAUUAGUUAAGUCUUAUUAAGUCCUAUUUAUUUUAGCUUUAUUAAAGUAUAUCGGAUGACAUAAAAAGUUAUAAAUAGAAAUAAUUCAAAAACAAAUGAAAAAUUUCUUUUUAUAAACUUUCUUGUCAUCCCCAUAUAUAUAAUUUGUAUGCACAUACACAUAUGGUAAUAUGUAUAUACAUACAAAAUGUAAUAACACAAUUAUUAUAAUUAUUAGGUACAUUAUUUAUAAAAUGUGUAUUGGUGUAAAUAAUAAUUCUCACUUUUAGAUUUUUACUAGAAAAAAAUAUUUUAUGAACAUUGAUUACGUUAUCGAUCACUAUCAUUUUAAUAUAACAUUCAAAUUGUCUAUAAUUAUAUUCUACAAUGAUUAUUUUUAAGCUAUAUAAUGGAUUAUAUCUAAAAUAUACUCAUUUUAUCAUAAUAUGUAAUGUAAUUUUAAGGUACUUCAAAUAAAUUAUUGAAUGCUGUUCAUAAAUUAAAACAUAAUAUCUUUCAAAUA